GAUUCAUUCUCUCCCAUGGCUCCCAAGAAGAAGCAGCAGCAGAACAAGCCUUCAUCAUCGAAAUCGAAAUCGAAAUCCCAGACAUCCGCCGGUCCGAAGCUCCAGAUUUCCGCUGAGAACGAGAACCGCCUCCGCCGCCUCCUCCUCAACUCCGGCCGUUCCGGACCGGCCUCUUCUCCGGCUCCGGCUGAUGACACUCUCUCCAAGGCGCAGAAGGCGAAGAAGCUUCGCUCUGUAUACGAGAAGCUCUCUUGCGAAGGGUUCUCCAAUGAUCACAUCGAGCUUGCUCUCUCUGCUCUCAAGGAGGGUGCUACAUUUGAGUCUGCUCUUGAUUGGUUAUGCUUCAAUUUGUCAAGCAAUGAACUUCCUUUGAAGUUUUCAAGUGGGACUUCCCUUCAUGCAAAUGAAGGAGGUUCUAUUGGAAUCAUAUCAACUGCACGGGAAGAUUGGACUCCAUCUGUGUAUUCUUCAGGUAACAUUGAGGAUGAUGAAGUGUCUGGAAUUUCCAUUAGAAUCAAGGGGCGAAGGGAUGAUGAUAGUGUAGAUUCGCGCCAACAAUCUCAAGCAGAUUGGAUCAGGCAAUAUGUUGCACAACAGGAAGAGGAUGAAUCUAAAACUUGGGAAGAUGAUGCAGUUGAUGACUAUUCCACCAAGAAGGUUGCUGAACCAAGGUCUUAUGAAACAAUUGCCAAAGAGUACCAUGCUGCACGGUUGGAAGCUUUAAGUGCUAAAGAGAAAGGGGACAAGAAAGGCCAGGAACAGGCGGGCCAUAUUAUCCGCAAACUCAAGCAGGAGUUGUCUGCUCUAGGACUAUCAGAUAACAGCUUGGAAUCAGGAUUCAGGUAUGAGCAUGCUUCUGGUUUUGCAUCUGAAGACAUGUCUUAUAAUUCUAUGCCUGAGAAACACCCUGAGGCAAUAACAUUAUGUGAAGUAGAAGGUGGCUCUGUUAUGCAUCCGAGUGAAUCAACUUUUGAUGGAAGUAUAAAUGAGUGCUUCAGCUCCACUGAGCUUUCAAUGAAUUCUGUUUCCUCGAGUGUUCCUUUAGAGGAAAGGAUUGCCGCACAAGAGGAUUCAGGUGAUGUAGAGCUUAGUAAUUUCUUUGAAGAUGCUCCAUCCAGUGAAGUCUUGCCUCAUGAAGUCCUGAAACUACAAAAUAAAGAAAAGAUGAAAGAACUAUCUAGUGGGAAGAAUUUGGAGAAAUUAGAGGGUAUCUGGAAGAAGGGUGACCCCCAAAAAAUUCCUAAGGCUGUUCUUCAUCAACUAUGUCAGAGGUCAGGCUGGGAAGCACCGAAAUUCAACAAAGUGCUUGGAAAAGAAAAUGGUUUCUGUUAUGCUGUCAGUGUACUGCGUAAAAGUACUGGGAGGGGUAAGAGCCGAAAAGCUGGAGGGUUGACUACCCUUGAGCUUCCUGACCAGCUUGAAGCUUUUGAAUCUGCUGAGGAUGCUCAGAAUGCAGUUGCAGCAUAUGCUCUUCAUCAGCUGUUUCCUGAUCUUCCUAUUCACUUGGCAAUUACUGAACCAUAUGCUUCAUUUGUCAUACAAUGGAAGGAAGGUGAUUCAUCAAUCAGAAUAGAAGAUAGUGAGGAAGACCGAAGGGCUGGUUUUGUAAAUUCGAUAUUAGAUGCUGGGGAUUCUGGAUCUACUGCAUUUGUUGAUGUUACAGAUAAUUCUCUUCCAAAAAAGUUCCAAAUGCCCCAAAUUGAAGAAAAUAGAAAUUUAAAUGCUGCUGGUCCAGAUCUGAAGCCUGGGAGAGUUGGUAAUUUUAAAGAAGCAGAGAGUUCUUAUCUGAAACAGGAAUACGAGAAUAAAAUGAAAAUUGGAAAAUAUAAGGACAUGUUGAAAACUAGAUCUGGACUUCCUAUAGCGGAGCUUAAGAGUGAGAUAUUGGAAGUGCUGAAGGAGAAGAGUGUUCUUGUUGUUUGUGGGGAAACUGGUUCUGGAAAGACAACUCAGGUCCCACAAUUUAUAUUGGAUGACAUGAUUGAAGCAGGAAAUGGUGGAUACUGUAACAUUAUAUGCACACAACCAAGGAGAAUAGCGGCUAUUUCUGUGGCUGAAAGGGUUGCUGAUGAGCGCUGUGAACCUUCACCAGGUUCAGAUGGUUCUGUGGUUGGUUAUCAAGUUCGUCUUGAUAGUGCAAGCAAUGUAAGGACAAAGCUUCUUUUCUGUACAACAGGCAUUCUUCUAAGGAAACUUGCGGGUGACAAAAACUUGAGUGGAAUUACUCAUGUUAUAGUUGAUGAAGUCCACGAACGGUCUCUCUUGGGUGAUUUUCUGCUCAUUGUUUUGAAGAAUCUGAUUGAGAAGCAAUCUACUGAUAGCACACCAAAAUUGAAAGUUAUUCUUAUGUCUGCAACUGUUGAUUCAAAUUUGUUUUCAAGAUACUUUGGUGGUUGCCCAGUAAUUACUGCAGUGGGCCGAACACAUCCUGUGUCAACUUACUUUCUUGAGGAUAUAUAUGAGAGCAUUGACUAUCGCCUGGCUUCAGAUUCUCCAGCCUCUAUUAGAUAUGAGACAUCUAUAAAACAGAAGACUGGCGCUGUUAACAACCGUAGGGGGAAAAGGAAUCUUGUAUUAUCUGCAUGGGGUGAUGACUCUGUGCUUUCUGAAGAGUGUAUCAACCCAUAUUAUGUUCCAAAUGCUUACCAAUCAUACAGCGAGAAAACACAACAGAAUCUGAAAAGAUUGAAUGAAGAUGUUAUUGAUUAUGAUCUUCUUGAAGAUCUUGUGUGCUACGUUGAUGAAACUUAUCCUGCGGGUGCCAUACUUGUUUUUUUGCCUGGAGUUGCAGAAAUCUACAUGUUACUAGAUAAACUAGCUGCUUCUUAUCGAUUUCGCGGAUUGUCUUCUGAUUGGCUUCUUCCAUUGCAUUCAUCUAUAGCAUCAGAUGAUCAAAGAAAGGUGUUUCUGCAGCCUCCUGAAAACAUACGAAAGGUUAUUAUAGCCACAAACAUAGCAGAAACCAGCAUAACGAUAGAUGAUGUGGUGUAUGUGAUUGAUUGUGGAAAGCAUAAGGAAAAUCGUUAUAAUCCACAGAAGAAAUUGUCAAGCAUGGUUGAGGAUUGGAUAUCUCAAGCAAAUGCAAAGCAACGACGAGGACGAGCUGGACGAGUAAAACCCGGAAUUUGCUUUUGCCUAUAUACACACUAUAGAUUUGAAAAACUCUUGCGGCCAUUUCAGGUACCUGAGAUGCUGCGCAUGCCACUAGUAGAAUUGUGUUUGCAAAUUAAGUUACUUUCUCUGGGUAAUAUAAAGCCAUUUUUGUCUAAGGCUUUAGAACCUCCCAAGGAAGAGGCUAUGACCUCAGCAAUUUCAGUGCUGUAUGAGGUUGGUGCUAUUGAAGGGGAUGAAGAGUUGACACCUCUUGGGCAUCAUUUGGCUAAACUUCCUGUUGAUGUGUUAAUUGGAAAGAUGAUGUUAUAUGGGGCAAUAUUUGGUUGCUUAUCACCCAUUCUCUCAAUUUCAGCAUUUUUGAGUUAUAAGUCACCAUUUUUAUCUCCAAAAGAUGAGAGACAAAAUGUUGAAAGAGCCAAAUUGGCAUUGUUGACUGAUCAAGUAGAUGGUGCAAGUGAUUCAACUGAUGGUGCCAGGCAAUCUGACCACCUAGUAAUGAUGGUUGCAUACAAGAAAUGGGAGAGGAUUCUACAUGAGAAAGGAGCAAAAGCCGCACAACAUUUUUGCAAUUCAUAUUUUUUAAGCAGUUCAGUGAUGCACAUGAUAAGAGACAUGCGAGUUCAAUUUGGAAAUUUGCUAGCUGAUAUUGGGCUUAUCAGUCUACCAAAGAAAUAUCAGAUUGAGAGGAAAAAGAAAGAGAAUCUCAACAGCUGGUUUUCUGAUAUCUCGCAACCAUUCAAUACAUAUUCACAUCAUUUUUCAAUUGUGAAGCCUAAUGGUGCCUUGCAGGCAAUUCUUUGUGCUGGUUUAUACCCAAAUGUAGCUGCCACUGAGCAAGGCAUUGCUGGAGUAGCUCUUGGCAACAUUAUACAGUCUUCUGGUUCGGCAACAAAAGGCCGUCCAGUCUGGUAUGAUGGAAGAAGAGAAGUUCACAUACAUCCUUCUUCUAUCAAUGGUAACUUGAAUGCUUUUCAGUACCCAUUCCUCGUCUUCCUCGAAAAGGUUGAAACCAACAAAGUAUUUCUUCGGGAUACAACCAUCAUCUCUCCAUACUCUAUUUUGCUGUUUGGUGGCUCCAUCAAUGUUCAGCAUCAGAGUGGAAUGGUCAAUAUAGAUGGAUGGUUAAAACUGGCAGCACCAGCUCAAAUUGCUGUCCUGUUCAAAGAACUCCGGGUAACUCUUCAUUCUGUUCUGAAGGAGCUGAUUAGAAAACCAGAGAAGGCAAUUGUUGUUAAUAAUGAAGUUGUCAAGUCUAUUAUCCAUUUGUUGUUGGAAGAAGAGAAAUCCCCAAAGUAAUUUAUGACUGCACACAAGGAGGAUGCCCAUCAUUUCUACUCAUGGGCUUGCUUUCUGUAUAAUGUGCUCCUUUCUGCAUGACACUUGCUGAGAGUGAAUAAAACCAAACCCAAAAACCACUGGAACAAUGAGUGAUUGUCAUAUAUCUAGUUCAAAAGGGAUGCUUCGCAUAUUUCUGUAUACUCAAAGCUACAAACUUUUACUAAGAGAAAAACCUAUUCAACCGCUUAGUAGUGUAGAUCUUACUUUUUUGUCUUUCCAUGUAAUAAGUGGAUUUUUGUAGUUCCCUGUUCGAUCUACGAUGAAGGAAAGCUACACCUCUUUUAACGUUAUAAUCAUCAGCCUCCCUCCCUCCCUCCCUCCCUCCCUCUCUCUCUCUCUCUCAAAUACAGGAUGGAUGGUGUUGUUUCAGUAUCACAUGGAAGUUUGUUUUUUAGUCUUUCCUUGUAAUUAGUGGAUUUUUGAAGUUCCUCGUUCGAUCUACAAUAAAGGAAACCUACACCUCUUUUAAUUUCUCUCUCUCUCUCUCAAAGACAGGAUGAAUGGUGUUGUUUCAAUAUCACAUGGAAGUUUGUUUUA